AUGGUCGGUCCACCCGUCAGCACCCGCGAUCGCCUUCGUCACCAGCACAUCCCGCUGAUCUCGCCUCCGAACGAGGACAUAGUCCAGCAGGUGACACUGACGCGACCGAGGAUGCCUCCAGGUGGCCUUCUAUCGCUCCGGCAGACAGAAGAACGUGUUCGUCAGGAUGAGGCGGUGUUCUGCGCAGGUGCGGAGCAGCAGCAGACCAUUGUUGUUGGUGCCGCGGAGACCGUGGGGACCCAGCACACCUCUUCAGGCAGUUUGGUCUGUGCCGACGCGGGCGUUGAAGUCGCCAAGGACAAUCAACUUGUCCGCCUUCGACACAGUCGCCAAGAGGGCGUGCAGGUCCUCGUAGAAUUUGUCUCUGACGGCGUCGGAACUGGUCAUCGGCGGAGCGUAGGCACUGAUGAUGGUGGCAAACUUGCCUCCUCGCCGGAGAGGCAGGCGGAGGCUCAUCAGGCGGUCGUUGAUUCCAUUCGGCAAACAGGGCAGUCGUCCCACGAUGUCGGUCCGGAUGGCGAAGGCGACGCCCGCGUCUCGUCGCUCUGCCCUGGGUCGACCACUCCAGAAGAAGGUGUAACCGGCACCCACCUCCUCCAGUUGGCCUUGUUCGGAGAAUCGGGUCUCGCUGAGUGCGGCGAUGUCCACCUUGUAGCGCGCCAGUUCUCGUACCACUAG